CUAUCGCAAUUCUCAAAGCCUCAAACCUCAAAACAUAACUAGCGGUCCAAGUGGAAGCUAUCUUCUAUCGAGGCUGAUAUACGGUCACAAAGAAUCGUCUUUGAUCCCCAAGCGAAGUUGACCCGCCUCCAUAAAUACAAAUUAUAUUUGAUCCGGAUCUUACGUAGACGUCUACAUUUCCCCAACUAAUCAACACGAAUAUAGUCUCCUUUUUCCUUCUUUUUCUUAAUCUCUUCGUUUACUGCAACAUGGGACAAAUCCUGGAAAAACUUCAAGGCAAGCAAUGGAGAGAAAAGCAAAUACGAAAGAUAAGUGACAAAGUUUUCGAUCGUUUCAAGAAUGAUGACGGAAGGGCAACUAUGUCAUUUGAAGACUUAUACAUCGCCGUGUUACUUGUGUUCAACGAUCUCAACAAGAAUUUGCCAGGGCCUCAUUUUGAUCCCCCAAAGAAGGACGAAAUCAAAACCUUGAUGCAGGAAUGUGAUAUGGAUCUUGAUGGGGGACUCAAUCGUGAAGAAUUUGAAGAGUUUGUGAAAAGGCUAACAGCGGAUACGUUUGUGUAUGUGACUCAAGGACUCCUCAUCACUCUAGCAAUAGCACCAACCGUUGCUAUAGCCACAAAGAGGUCAACCGAAGGUGUUCCAGGCAUUGGAAAGGUUUUCUCCAUUCAUCGUCCGCUUUUUAAAACCACCGCCUACACCGUUACUGCCGAGGUUGACGGGCACAACACAACCAUAAUUACCGUCAUCACUGACGGUCCUCCACCACUCGUCGCCUUCAUCCACCAAUGUCGCGCACCUCUGACCCCUCCUCUGUCUGCGAAAACCCUAUCACAAAACUUACCAUCUAAAGCUUCGGCGAUAGCUUCGUCGUUGGCUCUGAACCCCUCUAAGAGAGUGAUUAAACACCACGGUGCAGAUGUACUGAGGAAUCUACCCGGAAGAAUUGGUUUUCUUUACAGGUUUAAUUUCUCCGAUUUCUGGUGGCAAGAUCGGCGAUCACAAAGAUCUCGGCUCCAAAAACCCGUUUCUCUGCCUCAAUUUACCCAGGGUAUGAUGAAGCUUAUUAGAACUAUUUUAUCACACAAACAGGGACAGCAAAAAGAGCACGAUUUUAAACGUGGUGAAGGUUCAAAAAGUGAAAGAAUGCAAAGGCUAAAACUGUGA